GUUAAAAGUUACUGCCUCGUUCUCUCGCUGAGUUUCAGAAGUUAAGGCUUCGGGAAAUUGUUUCGGACCGUUUUAUCGUUUACUCUUGAAGGUAAAAGUGAUGCCUUACUUGUAUGUGGAAACGGCGAAGGAACGGCUAUGCAGGGGAACCAGACUGAUGCUUGGAGGUCUGUGCAAUGGAACUCUGGUACCAAGCGCUUUGAAGGCAGUUCGAGAAAAAACCCAUCAUCAGACAGUCAGAAUUAUCUAUCCUGAACAGUCAACGGAUGCUGUUAUUUACGUUACCGUAGUUGUGGUGUUCUAUGCUGCUAUUAUACUCAUCCUGGUAGGAACCAAUAUCCAUCGUUUUCGCAGAACUGGUUUGCCUCUCUUCACUUUUUCAAACUCUGAGCCAGCACCGCACCAAACAGAAGAACAACCAAAACAACAGAUUGUCGUUCAUAUUGAUCACAGGGAGAAAGUCUAUCAAGUAUCAGCGAACCCGGAUGAAGUGAAAGCUGAAACAGAAAAUCCCGAAACAGAGGGAGCGUUUGUUUGAAUAAAUUACAGUCCCAGAAAAGGAAAUUAAAUGAACUGUUUUUCCAUUUGUCUUAUACUUGAUUUUUGUAUCACUAGAGUGUAAAAAAUUCACAACUGUAUUUAAGAAAAACUGAAGCGGAUGUACAUAGAAUGUUUUCUGAUGUUAAAAAUAUUUCAAUAAAUGUUACAAUUAUGAAAUGUUUAAGGCAGGAAUUUCCAAGUUGUGGUCGAGAUGUAAAAUGGGGUCGUAAGGCAUUUCUUAUGGGGUUGCGACAUUAUCCCUACCUUUUAAAAACAUCAUACUUAUUAUUUUCCUUUGUAGCGAUGCUAAUUUCGGUUAAUUUUAUUUAUAGAAUUACGUUGUGAAUUUCUUCUUCAAAUGUUGUCAAUGAGUUAUUAAUGCAAUAAUGUUAA